AUGUUCACAGCCCUGUACAGUGUUAUCAAGAAAAUUAGGACAAAGACAGUAUACACAGUUUGUUCUUAGAAAUCAUACAUUGCAAGCUCAACCUACAGAUUAGUUAGUUAUCUGCUGGCAGAUAGACCUUUGUAUGAAAUUGUCCACCCGAACCUCAUCCUCAUUUCUUUGCGUUUGCUCAAUAGAGCGUAAUACGGGAAAGGUCUAUUAGUGACUAAUCUGUAGGUUGUGUGCACGGAGGGAGGUGGGGGAGGGAAGUUCAGCACGCAUUGUUGUUGGUUAAGAAUUUACACAGUAAUGCAGGUAGUGUCGCUUCGAUUUUGCGAGGACAAAUACAAUAUGUGAGAAAAACAAAAAGGCAUGAGAUACAUUUUUUUCAGUUAUUGAAUAUUAUUCUCUUUGCUGGUUCGCUUUUCACCUCUGAACUACCACACAAGGUGACUGCUUUGCAAGUUGCGAAAGUGUUUUUCAGUCCGUAUAGUGUACGAUCCCCACGAAAAUUUAUGGUUUGAAUUUUAAAUUCAACAUUAGCUUUUAAACCCAACUCUUCUAUUUGACCUUGCUCGCUGUGUAUUUUCGACUCGCUUCAUCAAAUUACAGUUACAUAGUAGAACUAUACAAUUUUCAACUCAACGCUGUGAAUAAAACUAUACAUACACUGGACAAAUUUUCCUACAUUACUACUUUUUAUAAGCUUGAAUGCCUGAGCCAAUACUUGGUGCAUUUUUCUACUUACCGAGUCACAUUUCAAACUCGACCAUGUAUAUUUUCAACAAAACUUAUGAAUUUUUGUUUACACUACAGUGAUCAUUGAUCAAGACCAGGGAGCCCCCCUCCAUAAUAGAAGCCUUUUGUGAGAGUGGGUGGUUCUUUAGUCCAUUGUGAUUUAAGCGCAAGUGUUUGCCUGCGCCUUCUCACAUGUGUAGUGUUCAUUUCAAGUGAUCUGUAAUGAAAUUUUUGAUUGUUUGAUUUGAUCAGAAUCUCUGAUUGCCUGAUCACAAAGACGGUGGCCAUAAAAAACAGUCCAAAGACAGUUAAGCUCAUUCAAAAGGUAUUACUAAUAAGGGAAAAAAUACACACUCCAGUCAAAAGACUCAUAUUAUCUUUAGAAAAACAAUAAGCUAAAGUCUACUAAGUCACAAUGCAAUUAUCUAUAGUUGAUGCACCUUAUUCUUAUAAUUUUGGAUCUGUAAAUCACUAUCUGUGAUAAUUUAAUAUCCUGCAAAGAAAACUACUAAACGAGUUAGGCCCAGAAUGAUACAAGAUUGCAGAAAAACAUAACAUUAAAGGACUAGAGAAAAUCGCUUAAAAUAUUCAAAUCCAGAAGGCCCUUUAGAGAAAAUUAGAACCCUUAUUCAGCCGUAAUAAAAAGCUUUAUGCUUUAAAAGAGGUCAAAGAAAAUGCUCUUGCGUCAGAGGACAAAUCCUGCCGACCAGAAACAAAAACCACAGUAAAUCAAUAUGUGUUCCAUGACCUCUCAGUGUGAAACAAGUGCCAAAAAUCACAUUUGUUCAGUGAAAUUGUAGAACCUUCCAGAGCAUAAUCUACCCAGCAGGGGAAAAAAACUUAUUGGAAUGAGCAACAUUUUGGUAGGAGGUAAAAGUCGUUUUAAUAGGCCUACCAACCAACCCCUUUUAUUGCUGUGUGCUCGAUAAACAUGCUAUGGCGGAUCCCAUGCCAGCCACGAUAGAAUCAGGUAAAUCCCACUAUUUACAGUGGUGCGAUUUGAAUACCCCGCUCGAUGCAUGAAUCUGCUGUAAUCACCCAGCAUGCAAAGAAAGUAGUGUCCGAUAGCCCGGGGCUAGUGGAUUUUGCUCUCAGACUAGUGAGUUCUGUUAUUAACUUGCCCAAUGGGCAAGUGAAGUUUUUUGAGGAAUUCAAAUUACUAGCCUGCGUGCAGACGAUAACUAAACUCUGAUUAGUACCGUCUGCGAAGCAGCGCAGAGAUCCUUGUUCUGGACCCCCAACGGACUCAACGAAUUACCGGAAGUGCGUUUCGAAUUCCCCUUCAACCUGAAUGGCGAUCACGACAAACAAAACAAAGGCCUUUUUUAACUGGCCAAUCGUGGCGCGUACUCAAAUCUGGGUACACAGCUGGAAGUCCAGAACAAGGAUUUCGGCGCUGUUUCGCAGACGGAGUUAACCAGAGUUUAAUUUCGUCUGCGCGCAGGCUAUCAAAUUACAGAAGUACUGUCAAAUCAAUCUGCUCAUCAAAACAUUUUUGGGGCUAUUUGAAAUGAUGUUUGGGCUAGUAAAUGUUAGCUUCAGCUGUAAAAAUGACUUUCUUUGCACCCUGUCACCAUACUGAUAGGAAUCUAAGCAAGUGCAAACUCUGCCGCCAUGUUUGUGCAAUAUGCACGAAGCACGAUGGACUAAAGAGCCACCCACCCGACAAAGGCCUCUAUUGUCUUGACCCAGGGAGGCUCCCUGGUCUUGAUCAAUGAUCACUGAAGCGUGAACGAAAAUUCACAAGUCUUGUUGAAAAUACACAUGGUUGAGUUUGAAAUAUGACUCGGUAAGUGGCAAAAUACCCUGAGUAUUGGUUUAGGCAUUCAAGCUUAUAAAAAGUAGCAAUAUUGGAAAAUUUGUCUGGUGUAUAGUUUUAUUCAUAGCGCCGAGUUGAAAAUUGCAUGGUUCUACUAUGUGAUUUGACGAAGCGAGUUGAAAAUACACAGCGAGCAAGGUCAAACAGAAGAGUUGAGUUUAAAAGCUAAGGGACGCGCGCAUAAAAGCGUUUUCUUCUAAAGGAAGAGUGUAAAAUUUUGAAUUCAGCUAUAAAAUUCAAGUAUCGAGGCUAGAGAUUUAAAUGAUGCAUUUAAAAUUGAAACCAUGAAUUUUGGCAGGGAUCGUACGCCAUAAGCCUGACUUUGUCUCUACCCCCUGGUGUGCACCAAGUAUGAUUUCUAAGAGGAAUGUCAAACUGUGUUCCAUGCAAUUCUGUGUUUGUCCUUGUUUUCUUGAAAACAAUGCAUAAUGAAACAACUAUUAGAAUUGGUUUUUGUGAUAUUUGGAAUAAUCAAGGUCUCAGUAUGUGUUAUCAGCCUCAGCCUUCGGCUCAGCUGAUGUCAUUUAGUCAAUCCUCCUCCUUGAUUAUUUCUGGAUAUCACAAAACCUCAUCCCACACCAUUUAUUGUUUAAUAUUAACAAAGUGAACUAAGACUGUGGUGGCACAGCCCCUGUACAUUAAUUUGUAAAUACUCAGUAUCUUACAUUUCAAUGGGUAAUUAAGGCAGCAGUGACAGUUAAAAGUAAUUAAGUGAACUUCAUUGAUUCCUGAUUUUCCUUUCAGUACUAGGCAAACAUCUUAGGAGCACUAUGCAAUAUUGUGCAGGUUAG